AUGAGUUCGCCACAGGGUCAGGCGAAUGGGUCGCAACCAGAAACUGACCCACGCUCAUCGUACCAUGAACAUUAUCAUGGCUUGCAGACUGGCUCAUACACAGACCAGCAGCUGCGUCAUGCUUCUGCCAACCAUUUGCAUAUGACAAAUCGCCGAUUUUUCGUCGGCCCAAUUCCAGAAGGCUGGCUGCAAGGUCAUCGGAAGUCCUGGUAUAAGUCUCGACUCAGAGUGAGAAACUAUACAUCACAAAACAUCUCGUUCUCUGCGGGCCCUGUUGCAACCCAUUACGGCAAACAUGGCGAUCGGCCCGAUUCGUCGUUGCCUGAUUUGGAUGAGGAGGUCACACAGACACUCACCAACACAAGCACGGAGGCCACCGAGGAGCAAAAUUAUGAGACUGAAACAGAUGCAGAGGAAGGAGCUGCACCAGAUCCUGUGGGGGAACUCCAGACCCUAACCCACCCUGAAGCUGAGGCCAGCGGCGACGAUCCCUUAUCCGAAGAGGACACAGGACCUAGAGAAAAUAGAGGGGGAGAUAGCGAAGAAUACAGCAGAGAGGAAAGUGGACGAGAUAGCGGAGGUGACAGCGGAGAGGAUACAGAUAGCACCCCGAAGGCUAGAACAAGGCGGCAAGAGGACAUAUACGGCAAUGAUGUUGCUUCGUCUUCGUUUGUCACCGCCAGAGAAGAGGUCGUCAGCUCUAUGGACACGGGAGAAUCAUUGGCCACCAUACGUGCUAGCAGGUUGGAACCACCCGAGUCAAGAGCAAAGACCUUGGGCUCACAUAACACAAAUUUAACUGGUCAUUCUCCUUCUGCCCCUCUGACCUCCAAUCUAUCCACAGUCCCAAGCGAGGCCGAUUCAACGACACAGUUGCUUCAACCCGAGUACAAAGACAAAGGGAAGCAGAAAAGCAAAGCAUCUGGCGUGUCUCGAGCAAUGCUUCAACACCACGACCCACAAGAUGAAGAUGAUGGUGACGAAGAUGCGCAAAUCCCACGGAGACUCACUAGGAAGAUGGCAAGAUUCAACCUUGAUGACAAUAUCAGACACGGGCAGCAAAAGAUGCGCUCCAAGAUUGCGAAGACCCAAGGUACUAUCUCUGCCAAUCGACCGCACCGACGAAAAGUGCAAGAUGGAGAGAUUGUCAAAGCAGAGAAGAUGCUAGUCUGCGUGGAGGAAACUGUGCAGAGCACGCUUCCCGCCGAUUACACCGAGAAUGACAGCCUGCGCAUGGAAACACGCACUGUGGACAAGUGGAGGGAGUUCCUCGUCGUAUGUCGCAAAUGCUCUGUAGAGCAUACGCCAUUUUCCAUUCAGAUGUACCGCACUCGUGUAAUUCCUGAUGUGCAACGUCCGAACUGCAAAACGCCUCCUUAUCAUGAAGUACGGCUCAGUCACAAAGAUACCCAUGUUAACCUCUAUUCCCCCCUCGACAAGACCAUUGUUAUUUGGCGUCCCUCCAAGCGAGGAACCAAAAUAUUUAUCCUUCGUCCAAAGUCUGCAGCGCACUCCACCGAAUGGUACACUUUUAUUCGCCAGGUGCUUGGAUGGCGGCGUCCCACCUCACUCCCUAUUCACGUCCCUGAUCUGGGGGUUUCCCUCAUCUUCCAAAAUCCUUUCAACCAGCUCGAGGCCGGGCUGAAAGCAGAUAAUUCUGAUAGCGAGCGUGCUGCAGAAAUUGCGAAUCGGCCAGCAGUUGAUAGAAGAUUUGCUGCCGCUACCAUCAUCCAAGGAUGCAUGGAUAUGCUCGAAGGCCGUGCCGAGUGGGCCGAGGUCUUGAAAGCUUGGUCCAAGACCGAGAAGAUGGGACUUGCUUGGAAGCGGUAUGACCGACUUGAAUGGGUAUUUGGAGUCAACGAGGAAAAGAUGUAUGGGACUAUUGCGAUGCAGACAUCCCACGAGCUUGAGUUACGACCAAGACAUCAUUACUCUACUACAAUUAGGAAUCGAGGCAUACAGAAGGAGCCUGCCCCGAUCGAAGGAUUUCUAGUCCGUCUUACAUCUCAGAAGGGUGCACAUCAGCGGAUGAACAAGAUGUUCUUCAAACGGCUGUACUUCUUUACCCAAGAUCAUUAUUUGUUUUUCUGUCGGCCAGCGAAGGCAUUGCCCCCCGCGCCGCCGAAAUGUACCCCAGAAGACGGAAGCAUACCAACUGCCCGUGAGAUCUUGGAUCGAAUGCCGCUCUCCUGGGAUAUUGAUCCUUAUCCACUUGAAAAUGGCGAGAUUAAAUGGCUCUCUAGUGGCAAUUCGGAAUUCGUGAAAUGGCACGAUGAAGAGGCGUAUGCACAAGUGCAAAAGAAUGUACACAACAUCAGCCAGGCAGAUGGGUUUAUCGAUAUGUGCCGGGUGCAAGAAGUCCGCCAUGUCUAUCGUGGCAGCUGUCCUGCCGACCCUAACAUCGGGGAAGGACCUGCUGUGGACUUCCAUCCUGUACCUAGAGACUCACGACAGGAUGACGGAGCAACGCGAGAGUUCGACGACGGUAAGACAUUUGAAAUGGUUCUCGAUAAUGGUCUUGUCAUUCGCCUCCAGGCAUAUGAUGAUGCCACACGGGAUGAAUGGAUCAAACGACUCGAUGCGCUCGUGAAGUAUUGGCAUAUUCGCUGCGCGGAAGACGCCACGGAGCUGCAGGCCGUACGGCAGCGCAAUCUUAAGCUGUUGGAUAUUGACGAGGCUAUGGAAUCCGUUACCGGACAGUUCGCGAAGAAGUGGGAAGUGAAGAAAUCUGAGGCAUCUCCACAUUUGCACAAUAUGUGUUCGCUGUCUGGUUGUCGGACUAUCAAGAUGUCCGGCCACCUCUUUCGGAAGCCCCGUCGACACACCACUUUCUACCAAUGCCAUGUCAUCCUCACAUUAGGCAAGCUGUUGAUUUUCCGAAGCACGCUGCGCAGCCGAACCGGCACCGAGAUUCCACACAUUCAUCAAGAACUUGAAUCAACCAUCGAGCUGGAAGAUUGCUAUAUUUACUCUGGUUUAAUUACUGAGAAUGACUUGCUGUAUGGGAAUCAGACAUUUGACAGCAAUAACCCGGGUCUUCAUGCUCUGCCACGGGUGUACCUUGAUUCGGGUGCCUUCACAAGUCGCGAUGGGGACACCGCCAUCACCUUUGUGGUCUGGCAACCCUUGAAAAAGAGCUACUUCCGAGCUGAGGAAAUAGGGGAGCAAGGCAAAGCCAAACGAUCCUUGCGUCAUGUGUCCACGCUGGGCAAGCACGGCCGUACCAUCGUGUUUAAAGCACGUAGUCGUGUGGAAAAGGACCGUUGGGUGAUGAGUAUUUCGUCGGAAAUUGACCGUCUCCAGGAAGAGAAACAUGAAGACAUCCGGUUUGUUUCCGAGAAUUAA